ACUCUGCUGGGCCUUUGUCUGCGCGCCGCACCGUGUGGCCUGGAGCCGCUGCACCCGGGGACCCGGGACCGGGGACCGCGCCCGGCUCGCUCGGUGACAGCUCCUCCCUCCCGGAGGACUCCGGAAGAGAGAGGGAGAGGGGCGGCCGCGCGCGAGCCUUCCCCGUCCGCCGCGCACGGUCCCGGGACGCGUCCCCAUGCCCCCGCAGCAGGGGGUCCCCCCGGCAUUCUCUGGCCACUGCGAGGCGCCGCCCGUGCCGCCUCGCCGGGAGCGCGGGGCGCGCGGGAGCGGAGCCAGCGGGGGCCGGGGGCGCGCUGGAGACGCGGGGCGCGGAAUCAAGUGCGUGCUGGUCGGAGACGGCGCGGUGGGCAAGACGAGCCUGGUGGUGAGCUACACGACCAACGGCUACCCCACCGAGUACAUCCCGACGGCCUUCGACAACUUCUCGGCUGUGGUGUCUGUGGAUGGGCAGCCUGUGAGACUCCAGCUUUGUGACACUGCAGGACAGGAUGAAUUUGACAAGCUUAGACCUCUCUGCUAUACCCACACGGACAUCUUUCUGCUCUGCUUCAGUGUUGUGAGCCCCUCAUCUUUCCAGAAUGUCAGUGAGAAGUGGGUGCCAGAGAUUCGAAGUCACUGUCCCCAAACCCCUAUUAUUCUUGUUGGAACCCAGUCGGAUCUCAGAGAAGAUGUUAAGGUGCUCAUUGAGUUGGAUAAAUGCAAAGAGAAACCAGUGCCUGAAGAGGCAGCUAAACUGUGUGCAGAGGAGAUCAAAGCUGCCUUCUACAUUGAAUGCUCAGCCUUGACUCAAAAAAACCUCAAGGAAGUCUUUGACGCAGCCAUUGUCACUGGCAUUCAGUAUUUGGAUACUCAGCAGCAGCCAAAGAAAUCCAAAAGCCGGACUCCUGACAAAAUGAAGAAUCUUUCCAAGUCUUGGUGGAAGAAGUACUGCUGCUUUGUGUGAUGCUGACAGGAAACCUAAAAAUGCAACUUUCCAGAUGAAACUGCUAUUGGAAGCUAUAUUAGCUGAAGUGACUCCUUUCUACUGUAGAGAAUUUGUAUAGAAAAUGUGUAUAUAUGUUACAUAUACACAUUAUAUAUGUGUUUAUGUAAUAGAUGUAUUACAAAUGGAGGUCUCAAUUUCUGUCUUCUUUUCUGACUGAUUUUCUUGUUUAAAUUUAGGAAUUAGGUGCUUAAGCAGAAUAUUUUUGAAAUAAUAUAAACAUU